GUGUUAUCGUGAUCAGACAGUGUUAAGUAGGCUCAGUUGACAAUUGACUGCGUUAAAAAAUGAAACUGAUUCUUUUAUGUUUGGUGGCGGUAGGGGCGCUUGAUGUUUUUCAGGAGAGCAAUCUCAAAUUUUCAUCGAAUCUAUAUCAGGAGUUGGGUAAAACCAACGAUGGAGACUUUGUCGUAUGCUCACUUUCGCUGCAGCUGAUUUUGGGGCUGCUGCACGUAGCCGCCCAGGGCGAAACGGCAGGCCAACUCGCCGAAGGGCUACACCUGCCCAACAACGUCUCCGAAACGCUCCAAAUUUUCGGGAACGCAACGCCACAAGUGGAGAGGAACGUCAGACACUUCGUCGCGAACAUCGUGAACAAGGUGUACGUUCACGAGAAGUUCGCUAUCGAGCCGAGGUUUCGCGACGUUGCGGCCGACGUUUUCCGGGCCGAUAUCGAAAACGUCAACUUCAACGAGAAAGAGGCGACGAGUGCCCAAAUUAACAACUGGAUGGAAGGCAAAACGCUGAAUAACAUAAAAAACUUCGUCACCGGUCGAGACAUUUCCCCCGACUCCCAGGUGAUGCUGAUCAACUCCAUUUAUCUACAAGGCGUGUGGGAGAACGCGUUCACGUCGACCAAAAAGCAGAGGUUUUACACCAACCACUCCAAUUUCUUCGAAAUCGACAUGAUGGAACAGAAAAAGGUUUUCUCGUACUACGAAAGUGAGAAACUGCACGCGAAGAUGCUCAAAAUGAAGUACCAGCAGAGCAAAUACGCGAUGGUCAUCGUGCUGCCGAACGAUCAAGCCGGCUUGAGUCGACUCGAGGCGAACAUGCCCGAAACCUUCCGAGAACCGCACUACAUCAGCGCGCAAGUGCAAGUCAGGAUACCAAAGUUUAAGGUGAACGCGGCUAUACAGCUUAUACCAAUCCUACAGGAGAUGGGAAUCAGGGAUGUCUUCGCGACGAGCGCCAACCUCCGCGGCAUGGGCGAACCUCAAGUCUACGUAAAUCAGAUCGUGCAAAGGAAUUAUGUCGACGUUAACGAAAACGGAACAAUAGCGGUGUCGGCGACGCGAGCGUCAGCCCGCUUGGGGAGACCUAGAAAGGUGCAGGAAAGGGAGUUCGUCGCCGACCAUCCGUUCAUCUACUACGUACGGUCGCCGGUGGGCAUCGUCUUCGUGGGGCGAUUCACUGGUAUUCACCUUUGAGCUCGGCCGAAUUGACACGAUUAAUAUAAAUAUAAUUUUUGUUUUCUACACUUCUGAGCUCCUGAUCCAAUUAAUCUAUUCGCAAGAAAAAGUAAAGAACAAUAGUUUGCACAGCCAAAACUACCAACAAAGGAUUUUAAGCAAUUUAAUAUCAGGAUAAUGUGCUAAUAGAGCAGGAGUUGCAGCUGUGCUCCUGAUACUAACACUAACAUUGAUAAAAUAGGCAAUUGUAAAAAAAAACGCUAGAAACACAA